AUGGCUCUUCACGGCUCUUUCCGCCAAAUCAUCACCACCCACGCCCCCGGAGACACCGACGGCUCCAAGGUCCAGGUUAUCGCCAACCCCCUCACACUCAAGACCGGCCUCGACGGCAACGCGGCCUUCUCGCCCAUCUUUGCCAGCGUCGGCGUGCCCGCCAAAUCAGACCACAUCCUCACUCCAGCCGGUAUCAGCGAUUCCAUGGCCCUGGCACCAUCGGUGGUCACGCCCAACGGCGUGAAUGCCCAAGUCACUGAUCUUGCGCCAAACUUCAAGGUCGGCAUGCACCGGUCAAACUCGAUCGAUUACAACGUCUUUGUCAGUGGACACGCGUAUCUCAUUACUCCGUCGGCCAGCGGAGAGGAGGAGCGUACACUCGUCACUGCAGGCGAAGUUGUGGUUCAGCGUGGCACACUGCAUGCCUGGGAGGCAGGGCCGGAAGGUGCCCGUUGGGUGACCGUUGUUGUUGCGGCGUUGCCUGUUGAGGUUGGGGGCAAGCCCCUUGAGGAGGUAGACUUCUGA